UCGAGCUUCAUUUACCUUGCCGUAACUUAUGUUUUGUCUGCACAAGAACCAAGUGUACUAUAAAACCCUACCAUUGCCCGACCAAGAGUUACAAAUUCUUGAUAUAAAUCCUAUACACACAUACUGUCUAAUUGAGAUAAACCCAAGUAGAAAUGGCAAGAGGAGGAAGUACCAGCAGACAACAAAAAUGGACUCUCCAGGGAAUGACUGCACUUGUAACUGGCGGAACUAGAGGAAUUGGAUAUGCCAUAGUGGAGGAGCUAGCAGAAUUUGGGGCCAAAGUUUAUACUUGUUCAAGGAACCAGACAGAGCUGAAUGAAAGGCUAAAAGAAUGGGAAGAGAAAGGGUUCAAUGUAAGCGGUUCAGUAUGCGACUUGUCAUCAAGAUCUCAGAGAGAAGAUCUAAUGAAGACAGUCUCUUCAGUCUUUGAUGGCAAGCUGAACAUCCUAGUAAGUCAAACAUUGGAUUCAUAAUAUUGUUCUUCAUUUUCUGUUCCUUCUUCUCCUUGUUUGUUCAAGUAGGUUUUAUCUUUUCCAGCGUUGUAGUAUAUUUUCAGGUAAAACUGUUCUUGACGACUAAAUUUACAGACAAUUUAAGAUUUUAGAUGAGGUGUAAAGGUCUUAAAUUCAAGACUCGGCAACACCUCUUGCACCUGGAGUCGUUCAUUGACAGAAAAUGAAACCAUCCUUUAGUUUAGGCGAAGGGAUAUGUUGAAUAUAAAAUUUAAAAUAACCGAAUUGUUCUCACUUUUCUGGUGGUUGGAGGUUGGGGAGGCCUUCUAACAGGAUAUGUAGUAACUCAACAAUAUAAGAAAAUAUGUUUCAUCACAUGAUUAUCAGGAUGACAUAUCACAACAUAAAAGUAGUAGAGCAUGAUGCUUAAAUAAUCUUGUAUUUUUGUCAACAGAAUCUCAAGUACUAAAAGUCUCUGGGGAUUUAAUGGAUUUAAUUUAUUGGACCUCCAUUUUAU